UUAACCAAUAUGGCCGCGUCCAGAUAAUGUAGAUUGCAGUGAACAACAUAGGAAGUCUUACAGAUAUAUAUGUCCUAUAUUCGUAAACGGCAAUGUCGAGUUUAAGAGCGCUUCUGGUCGAAGCCAAAGUUGAUGAAUUGCAUGUAGUUGAAACAACGAACAACACCAAAAGCUUGUAUUUCACAGGAAUAGGAGCAAAUGACAAAUGGAAAAUAUGCUCAACAAAUGGGACGGACGUGUGGAAAGUUGAACUAGAUACAGAUGAGCUCGAAUCUUAUAAAGAUGCAGCAGAAGUCAGCACUGUAGAAGCAUUCUUGUCAAAAUUCAGGAAAGGUUUUGUUGGUGGAGACAUUACAACACUUAUCGGUGGAACAAAGAUAACCAUCAACAUCGGCAAAGGAACCGACAAAAUAGCAGUUGAUGUUUUUGAGGCAAAAGCAGCUGAAAGGAAAACAGAACUUCAGAAUGUGUUGUUUCGAUUGGCUGAUAAGAAUAUGUCCCUGCAAGCAGAUUUGGCUGCUGCUGAAAAAACAGUUGUUGCCUUGAAAGCACAAAAAGGUCAGGGAGCUGCUGGGUUUUCCUUGAAUGACAUAGGACCAAAGACUUCUAACCAGUCUAAAGCUAGGCCAAAGACAGGCAUGAGUGCCAUCAAUCCAAACAGUAAAAAGAGAAAAGCACCCACUGGUGUUGUGUUUGAUUAGAUGACCAGUUCCAAAUUUCGUCCUGUAGCCAUUUUCCCACCCUUUAAAAUUUACAUAUUUCUACGCAUUGUUGUAGUUAAUAAUGAUGGCAGCUAUCUAUGUACCAUGCAGCUUCUUGUGUCAGUUAUUGUCAGUUGUUAACUCAAAACUGGUUCUGGUUAUAAUUUUACUAGUAGUUUCACCUAAAAUUAUUUCUUCAAAUUAAAAAGCAAAAAUGUUGUGUUUAAAAAACUGUAGAAAUACAGCCUUCUUGAACAAUAUUUAAUACAUUGUACAUUUUUAGCAUUUUUAUCAAUGUGGUUAAAUUGAAGUAGAACUUUGUGUAGUAGGACCUACAUGCUUAGUUAAUGUCUGUACAUGGUAUAUUUAUCAUAUUGAACAUAGCACUGUGUAUCACCAAUAAAAUUGUGUAAGACUAC